AUGCCCGCAGAGUCUCAAAACCCUGCUCCAUUGGGUGUUACCGGGCCCGCCGGCCUGAACACUACUGGCGACGAGGAUUGCUUGUUCCUUAGUGUCUACGCGCCCCGUGAUAAGACCAAUCUUCCGGUCUUGGUCUGGAUCCAUGGUGGUGGCUACGGACAAGGUCAGGGCGAUGAGGAUAUGAGCGCUAUAAUCAAGACGAAUGGAGACUCCUUCAUCGGUGUUGCAAUUCAGUACAGGGUGAGUGUAGGACACGAUGGUGAUGAUAUGACUGACUUAAGCAAUCAGCUUGGAGCGUUCGGCUUUUUGUCUUCGGAUGAAGUCAUGCGAUUCGGCGCGGUGAAUGCAGGUCUUCUUGAUCAGAACUUCGCUUUGCAAUGGGUACAAAGUUACAUUUACCUAUUCGGCGGAAACGCGUCCCAAGUGACAAUCUCAGGGGAAAGCGCAGGAGGCGAGUGA